UGCCGGGUGCUGGCGCGCUCGUGGGCGCCUCCGCGGCUGCCUCACGGUAGCCGGGACACCCGACGCCGCCAGCGACAGGCGCGCAGACGGCAGGUCCCAGAGGGGCGCUGCGCCUGGGGACGCCGGCGCUGCUCGCCAGAAGAGCUGAGGAAACAGGACACAUUCAAACUGGAUUUUUAAAUCAUUGCAAGUCAAUGAUGGAUUGGAAGUUACAGAAUGCAAUCCCAAAUAAAAGUCUUCAAAAAAUUUGCUUCAGAUAACAGAGGAAAGAAAAUUGAUCUACCACCUUAAAAUCCUGGGGUAGAAAAAAGUAUUCGUAAUACAAGUUAUAACUGGGAAAGUUUAUUUGACUCUUCAUGGUCGUGAAUGAAAGGGGCUGCCACUUUGUUUCUCAGAUGGACUUGUAUAUCCGAGAUUAUUUUUAUAAUCAGUCAUUUUAUAAAACCAUGACAUGAUUGCCAGGGAGGAGGAACAGAGAAAUAGCUGAAAUCUGUGUGUUGGUCCAAGAUGACUUCUGAAGAAAUGGCAGCUUCUGUUCUCAUACCUGUGACUCAGAGAAAAGUGAUUUCUGUCCAGUCGGCUGCGGAUGAAAGUAAUGAAAAGGUCUCAGACAUCAAUAUUCCAAUGGCACAUACUGUCAGGCAGAGUGGGCAGACUUCUCAUACUGUCUCACAACUGAACCGACUUAAAGAAUCUUCUGGCAGCAACUUGCCCAAGGUUCUCUCAAUAGCAAGGGAGAAAAUAGUGAGUGAUGAGAACAGUAAUGAAAAGUGCUGGGAAAAAAGCACGCCAGAUUCUGUGAAAAACCUUAACACGAACUGCAACAACAUGUUGAGAAACCAUCAGCAUGGCCUCCCUCAGAGCCAGUUUUAUGAAACAUGCAACUCUGUCACAGAGGAGGGCCUGUGUUUGGAAACUGGAAUUCCUUCUCCACUGGAAAGAAAGGUGUUCCCUGGAAUUCAACUGGCAAUAGACGGAUCUCCCGUGGACGUUAGUCCUUUAGGAAAUCAGUCGGCGAUCCUAGAGCCCAACAGAGCACACCCUGACAACAACAUGGCAGUAUUUCACUUUCAUUACGAAGUUGACAGAGGCAUGUCAGACACUUUCUGUACCCUAUCAGAAAACCUAAUAUUGGACAAUUGUGGAAAUUGUGUACCACUGCCUGGUGUUGGUGGAAAGCAAACAAAAAACUGCAUGGCAUAUAAUUGUAAACUCAUGGAAUUGGCCAAAAACUGUGAUAAUAAGAAUGGGCAGCAGCAGUGUGAUCAUUGUGACACUUUGAAUGACAGAUACUUGUGCUUUGAAGAUUCUUGCCAGAAGGUUGACAUAUGUUCAAGUGAUGGCUUUUGCAGGGAAGGUUUUACUGACAGCCCACCUGCCAAGACCUUUCUGAGCCAUUUUGAGGACUUCCCUGAUAAUUGUGAAGAUGCAGAAGAAGACUUUUUAAAAAGCAAAAAGGAGCGGUCCACUUUGUUAGUUAGGAGAUUUUGUAAAAAUGACAGAGAAGUUAAGAAAUCUGUGUAUACUGGCACAAGAGCAAUCGUGAGAACUCUGCCUUCUGGCCAUAUUGGGCUGGUUGCCUGGAGUUACGUUGAUCAGAAGAGAAAUGGUCCUUUACUACCUGGUGGGAGAAUAAUGGAACCUCCGUCAACAGUGGAGAUAAGGCAAGGUGGGAGCCGGCAUCUGUCAGAGUCCCGGUGGUAUCCGAUCUACAAUGCAGUGAGAAGGGGAGAGGAAACAGAAGAUACGGUUGGAUCUCUACUCCAUUUCUUCACAAAGCUCCUAGCCCCUGAGACAGCCCAUAGAGGGAUUAGCAUUGGUCCGUGCCUAAAGCAAUGUGUCCGAGACACCGUAUGUGAGUACCGUGCCACCCUCCAAAGGACUUCCAUAUCUCAGUACAUCACCGGUUCUCUGCUAGAAGCAACCACAUCUUUAGGAGCAAGAAGUGGCCUUCUCAGUACUUUUGGAGGAUCCACGGGACGAAUGAUGCUGAAAGAACGCCAACCAGGCACCUCUAUGGCCAAUUCCAACACCCUCCCUUCAAGUUCAGCUGGGAUCAGCAAAGAAUUGAUUGACCUGCAGCCCCUCAUCCAGUUCCCAGAGGAAGUUGCCAGCAUCCUGACGGAGCAGGAGCAGAAUAUUUACCGGAGGGUCCUGCCAGUGGACUAUCUUUGCUUCUUAACCCAGAACUUGGGCAUUCCGGAAUGCCAGAGGUCCCUGCCCUGCCUCAAAGCAUCCAUCUCAGCAUCAAUUCUUACUGCUCAGAAUGGAGAGCACAAUGCCCUUGAAGAUCUUGUGAUGAGAUUUAACGAGGUGAGCUCCUGGGUGACGUGGCUCAUCCUCACGGCCGGCUCCAUGGAGGAGAAGCGGGAAGUCUUCUCAUACUUGGUGCAUGUGGCCAAAUGCUGCUGGAACAUGGGCAACUACAACGCUGUCAUGGAGUUCUUGGCCGGCCUCAGGUCAAGAAAAGUCUUAAAAAUGUGGCAGUUUAUGGACCAGUCUGACAUCGAGACCAUGCGGAGCCUGAAGGACGCCAUGGCUCAGCACGAGUCUUCCUGCGAGUACAGGAAGGUGGUCACCCGGGCCCUGCACAUCCCCGGCUGCAAGGUGGUUCCGUUCUGCGGGGUGUUUCUGAAGGAGCUCUGUGAGGUCCUCGAUGGCUCCUCGGGCCUCAUGAAGCUGUGCCCACGGUACAAUUCCCAGGAAGAAACUUUAGAGUUUGUCGCAGAUUACAGUGGACAAGAUAAUUUUUUACAACGAGUGGGACAAAAUGGCCUAAAGAAUUCGGAGAAGGAGUCCACCGUCAACAACAUCUUCCAGAUCAUCAGGAGCUGCAGUCGGAGCCUGGAGACGGAGGAGGAGGACAGCCCCAGUGAAGGGAGCACCUCCAGGAAAAAUUCCUUGAAGGAUAAAACCCGAUGGCAGUUUAUAAUUGGAGAUUUGUUGGAUUCAGAAAAUGACAUCUUUGAGCAGUCCAAAGAAUACGACUCUCGUGCAUCCGAGAGCUCACAGAAGGCCUUCGACCACGGGACAGAGCUCAUCCCGUGGUACGUGCUGUCCAUCCAAGCUGACGUGCACCAGUUCCUGCUGCAAGGGGCCACGGUCAUCCACUACGACCAGGACACACACCUCUCCGCCCGCUGCUUCCUCCAGCUUCAGCCUGACAACAGCACCUUGACUUGGAAAAAGCCCACCACUGCCUCCCCAGCCGGCACUAGAGCCAAACUUUGUGUACUCAGUAACACAGCUGAGCCUGGGAAAUUCCCGCUACUGAGCAAUGCUGCAUUAAGUGGCCUGGUAGAGGGGGUCUUGGAUCUGUUUUCAGUGAAGGCUGUGUACAUGGGACACCCCAGCAUUGAUAUACACACUGUGUGUGUUCAGAACAAACUGGGGGGCAUGUUGCUGUCAGAGACUGGUGUGACACUGCUCCAUGGGCUUCAGACCACGGACAAUAGAUUAUUGCACUUCGUGGCACCAAAGCAUACAGCUAAAAUGCUCUUCAGUGGAUUGUUGGAACUCACUAGAGCUGUGAGAAAGAUGAGGCAGUUCCCCGACCAAAGACAGCAGUGGCUGCGGAAACAGUAUGUCAGUCUCCAUCAGGAGGAUGGACGGUAUGAAGGCCCAACUUUGGCCCACGCUGUGGAGUUGUUUGGUGGCAGACGGUGGAGUACUCGGAACCCCAGUCCUGGGACAUCAGCAAAGAAUGCCGAGAAGCCCAAUAUGCAGAGAAACAACACCCUGGGCAUAAGCGCCACCAAGAAAAAGAAGAAAAUCCUCAUGAGGGGUGAAAGCGGAGAGGCCACUGACGACGAGAUGGCCACUCGGAAGGCCAAGACUCACAAAGAGUGUCGAGGCCGGAGUGGCUCUGAUCCUCAAGACACUAAUGAACAGGAAGAAUCAGAGGUGAAUGCCAUCGCUAGCCCUCCCAACCCCCUCCCUUCCAGAAGAGCCCAAUCUCUGACCACGGCUGGGUCCCCCAUCUUGGCUGCUGGGACGCCAUCUCCCAUCAGGCCAGUGUCCUCCCCUGUGCUGUCUUCUUCAAACAAGAGCCCGUCCAGUGCUUGGAGCAGCAGCAGCUGGCAUGGGCGGGUCAAAGGAGGGAUGAAGGGAUUCCAGAGCUUCAUGGUUUCAGACAGCAACAUGAGUUUUGUUGAAUUUGUCGAGCUGUUCAAAUCAUUCAGUGUAAGGAGCCGCAAGGACCUGAAGGAUCUCUUUGACCUCUACGCAGUGCCCUGCAACCGAUCCGGCUCCGAGUCGGCCCCGCUCUACACCAACCUGACCAUUGACGAAAACACCAGCGACCUUCAGCCUGACCUAGAUUUGUUGACCAGAAAUGUCUCGGACUUGGGGUUAUUCAUUAAGAGUAAACAGCAGCUCUCAGACAACCAGAGGCAGAUCUCUGAUGCCAUUGCUGCUGCAAGUAUCGUGACAAAUGGCACUGGGAUCGAGAGCACAUCUCUGGGGAUAUUCGGGGUUGGCAUACUCCAACUUAAUGACUUCCUAGUCAAUUGCCAAGGAGAACACUGCACUUACGACGAAAUCCUCAGCAUCAUCCAGAAAUUCGAGCCUAGCAUCAGUAUGUGUCAUCAGGGCCUUAUGUCAUUUGAAGGAUUUGCAAGGUUCCUGAUGGAUAAAGAUAAUUUUGCAUCGAAAAAUGAUGAGUCACAAGAGAACGUUAAAGAAUUGCAGCUACCCCUCUCCUACUAUUACAUUGAAUCUUCGCAUAAUACCUACCUCACGGGCCAUCAGCUCAAAGGAGAAUCCUCAGUAGAACUCUACAGCCAGGUCCUCUUGCAAGGCUGUCGGAGUGUAGAAUUGGACUGCUGGGACGGAGAUGAUGGAAUGCCCAUCAUUUAUCAUGGACAUACACUGACAACCAAGAUCCCCUUCAAGGAAGUGGUUGAAGCUAUUGAUCGCAGUGCCUUCAUCAAGAGUGACCUGCCAAUCAUCAUAUCAAUUGAAAAUCACUGUUCAUUGCCUCAGCAACGAAAAAUGGCAGAAAUUUUCAAGACUGUGUUUGGAGAAAAGCUGGUGGCUAAAUUCCUAUUUGAGACUGAUUUCUCAGAUGAUCCAAUGCUUCCCUCACCUGACCAACUUAGGAGGAAGGUGCUUCUGAAAAACAAGAAGCUAAAGGCCCAUCAGACACCAGUGGAUAUCUUAAAGCAAAAGGCUCAUCAGUUGGCAUCCAUGCAAGCGCAGGCUUAUAAUGGCGGGAGUGCCAACCCCCCACCUGCUAACAACGAGGAAGAGGAAGAUGAAGAGGAUGAAUAUGACUAUGACUAUGAAUCCCUUUCUGAUGCAGAUGUCCUUACUGCCUCUCCCGCUCCUAACGGUCAGGAAGACAACAUUUUGGAAGACAGACCUGAAAAUAAAUCAUGUAAUGACAAGCUUCAGUUUGAGUAUAGUGAAGAAAUCCCCAAGAGGAUAAAGAAAGCAGAUAACUCUGCUUGCAACAAAGGAAAGGUCUAUGACAUGGAGCUGGGAGAAGAAUUUUAUCUUCCUCAGAAUAAAAAGGAAAGCAGACAGAUCGCACCAGAACUUUCUGAUCUUGUCAUCUAUUGCCAAGCAGUAAAAUUUCCAGGCCUGUCAACUCUAAAUGCAUCUGGCUCUAGCAGAGGAAAAGAAAGGAAAAGCAGGAAGUCCAUUUUUGGCAACAAUCCGGGCAGAAUGAGCCCAGGGGAGACAGCAUCAUUUAACAAACCAUCUGGAAAAAGUUCUUAUGAAGGCAUUCGACAGACGUGGGAGGAAUUUUCUUCCCCUCUCAACCCAACCACCUCGCUCAGCGCUAUCAUUAGAACUCCCAAAUGUUAUCAUAUCUCGUCGCUGAAUGAAAAUGCCGCCAAACGUCUGUGUCGCAGGUACUCUCAGAAACUGAUCCAGCACACCACCUGCCAGCUGCUGAGGACCUACCCGGCUGCCACGCGCAUCGACUCCUCCAACCCGAACCCGCUCAUGUUCUGGCUCCACGGGAUACAGCUCGUGGCGCUCAACUACCAGACGGAUGAUCUCCCUUUACAUUUAAAUGCUGCGAUGUUUGAGUCAAACGGUGGCUGCGGUUAUGUUUUGAAACCUCCAGUUCUGUGGGACAAGAACUGUCCCAUGUAUCAGAAGUUUUCUCCCCUGGAAAGAGACCUGGACAACAUGGAGCCUGCAGUCUAUUCUUUAACUAUUGUCUCUGGCCAAAACGUGUGCCCCAGCAACAGCACGGGCAGCCCGUGCAUCGAAGUGGACGUCCUGGGCAUGCCUCUGGACAGCUGCCACUUCCGCACGAAGCCCAUCCACCGAAACACCCUGAACCCCAUGUGGAACGAGCAGUUUCUUUUCCGGGUUCACUUUGAAGACCUUGUAUUUCUGCGUUUUGCAGUUGUGGAAAACAACAGCUCAGCCGUAACUGCUCAGAGGAUCAUUCCACUCAAGGCUUUAAAACGAGGAUAUCGACAUCUUCAGCUGCGAAACCUCCACAAUGAAGUCUUGGAAAUCUCUAGUUUAUUCAUAAACAGCAGAAGGAUGGAAGAAAAUUCCUCUGGCAGUACCAUGCCAGCCUCUUUGAUGUUUAGCACAGAAGAAAGAAAAUGUUUGCAGACUCACAGAGUCACGGUGCAUGGGGCCCCAGGUCCAGAACCCUUUACUGUUUUCACCAUCAAUGAAGGCACCAAGGCAAAGCAGCUUCUCCAACAAAUUCUGACAACUGAACAAGACACCAAACCUAUUACCACAGACUAUUUUUUGAUGGAAGAAAAAUAUUUUAUAUCUAAAGAAAAGAAUGAAUGCAGGAAACAACCAUUCCAGAGAGCCAUCGGUCCAGAAGAAGAGAUCAGGCAGAUUUUAAGCAGCUGGUUUCCAGAAGAGGGAUAUGUGGGCAGGAUUGUCUUAAAAACGCAGCAGGAUAACCUAGAAGAUAAAAGCCUUGUCCAAGAUGACAAAGAGGUGAUCUUGAGCACAGAGGAGGAGAGCUUCUUUGUCCAAGUGCACGAUGUUUCUCCAGAGCAACCUCGAACAGUCAUCAAAGCGCCCCGAGUCAGCACUGCACAGGAUGUCAUUCAGCAGACCUUAUGCAAGGCCAAAUAUUCCUAUAGCAUCUUGAGCAACCCCAACCCGAGUGACUACGUGCUUUUGGAAGAGGUGGUGAAAGACACUACCAACAAGAAGUCUUCUGUCCUGAAGUCCUCUCAGCGGGUCCUUUUGGAUCAGGAGUGUGUGUUUCAAGCCCAAAGCAAAUGGAAAGGUGCAGGAAAAUUCAUCCUUAAGCUAAAGGAGCAGGUGCAGGCAUCCCGAGAAGAUAAAAAAAAAGGCAUUUCUUUUGCAAGUGAACUCAAGAAGCUCACCAAGUCAACUAAACAGCCCCGAGGACUCACAUCGCCUUCUCAGCUCUUGGCCUCAGAAAGUGUCCAAAGUAAGGAGGAGAAAUCUGUGGGUGGCUUGUCCUCCAGUGACACAAUGGAUUAUCGACAGUGAUCAAGGGCAGCAUAUUUUACCCAGGUGAAGAUCUUUCAGCAAGAAGUUAAAGUCAAGCGUGAACAUGGUGGAGACAAAUAUAAUGUACUUAUUUUCAUUAGACUUUAAACUGGAAACUGAUGAUUUUGGAACUGAAGUCCUCUUCACAUGUGAGGAGCAUGCUGAGGACAACCAAAACGGCACAGGGCUAAUAAGCUACCAAACAAUUGAUGAAUGAAGCAAAGAAGCCCAGGAGAUUGACAUUUUACAAGUUGCAGCAGUUGGAAUAACCAUCCCUAAGCUUGUAAUAAUUAAUUUAGAACAAGGGUCAACACUUUUUGCCUGUAAAGGGCCAUUUGGUCUUUGUUGCAACUGAACUCUGCCAUUAUAGUACAAAGCAGCCACAGGCAAUAUGUACAUGAGUGAACGUGGCUGUAUUCCAAUAAAACUUUAUUUAUAGACACUGAAAUUUGAAUUUCAUAUAAUUUUCACGUUACAAAUAAUCUUUUGAUUUUUUUAAUCAUUUAAAAAUAUAAAUACUAUUCUAAGUUUAAGGGCCAUACAAAAAUAGGUAACAGGCUGGAUUUGGCCUGAGGGCCUGACUUAGAGAACUGGGAACAACAAGAGGCACAGAGGUCUGAAAACAAGAAAGCUAGUUUAGCCAUAUAUUUUAUGGCCGAGAAUUGGAAACUUGGGCAUUGUAAAUGUGAAUAUGUCCCAUAAGAUUCAUUAAAAGCAAUUCAAUUUAGUUCCUAUGUUGUGUACCAUAGUGCACUCUUCUUUAGGAUUUCUUUUUACAUAUAGAAAUAUUUGUUUUUUAAAAAGGUCAUUGCUUACAUAUUCACAGAUUAUUCCAUUUUUGGUUUUCACAAAAUUAAUUUAGAAUGAUGUAUAAUUUAGUAUCUACUGAGUUGUGGUGUCUUAAGAAACCUAACCAUUUUUUAAAAGAAAAGUAGAUUGAGUUGGUGUUUAAGGUAAAUUUAUUUAUUUUGCAAGGCUUGAACUGACACUGUACUUACCUAUUUAUUAUACAUAGCUUUCUUGAUAUUGCUAUGGAUUAGAGGCAUUAGUAGUUCUAUUUGAAGGCAAACUUCUAAAAGGAAAAUAUAUGCUUUGGACAUCUGAAAUGGGGCUAGACUUUCAUGUACAAUAGCUUCAUCUUCAUUUCUGAUUACCUGAAGAGCUAACCACAAAUGAAAUGAUCCAAGUCAUAUUUGUCAUUUAAUGUAAAUUAUUUUUAAAACCUUGCUGUACACUAUCAACUAAGCGUCAAGGAUUCUUUUUAUUCUUGGCAUAAAGCAAAUUAUGACUUUAAAAGUAAAAGAUGUAUUCCUCUAAAAUAAACCCCAAACUUUAUCUUUCCAUUGGUUUCAUUAAAUUUUAAGACAUUUUUCUUUGAAUUAUAAAACAUACUAAGAAUCCUAACCUUUGCUAUGAAAAGUUUUUUUUGCUGGUUAUAAAAAUGAAUAAAACAAUCCCCAUGUCUUCUGCAUAUUUUAAAAACAGAAGUGUUAAAAAUACACCACAGCUUUCAUGUCAUUAAAAGUUCUGAGUCAAAGCCUUAAUACUGGAAGAACUACCACUUUCUUGGUAACAGAAUUCAAGCUAUACCAGUUUAAUGCAAUUUGUAUAGUACUAUAGGUUUCCUUUUAAAUCAGUCUGUAACAAAUGCACAAUGCUGCCCCAUUUUAAAAAAUAUUUUGCAAUCACUUUAUCAAGCCUCUAUAAAUUAACUGGCCUAAUGGUUUGGCUUACCAUGUGUUGAAAACUGACUUACUGAUCUAACUGGCUAGAGCCAAAACUGUGCAGAGUAAUGAGAUGAAAAGCAAGACUGGUCUCUCUAGGUUUAUCAUUUGGCAUUGACACUUUCUAAAUUCUGCCCCACAUGACUCUCAUGGCCUUUAACAUAGUUGAUUUGGCUACAACACAAAUCUGAAAAUACCCUGAGACUGAAUGUGAGACUAUGUUGAUUAGCAAAUGAGAAAACCCAGCCUAUUGCCUAAGUCGCAUCCCAACGUGGUCAUAUAUCACAUUUUGAGGUAAAAGUACAUAAUUUAUUAUAUUUGUGUCUUUGGGAUUUUAGGAAGGACACACUGCUUAAAAAUAUAAAGGGUCUACUCUACUUGUAUAUUACAAAUGCCCAGCACAACGUGAUGUUUGCUGAAAAUUUUAAUGCUUAUCUGAAUUAUACAGCUGUAUUAAUAUACAAAAUGAAAGAAAUUACCCAAAAUAGCCACUAUGGCUAUACACACUCAUUACCAUUUCAUACUUUUUAGGCUAUAAGAAAUCUGGGUAGCAAACUCUUAUCAGUAAAGUUGAUAUGGAAAGGAAUUUAAAUAUGCAAGCUGGGUUUAUUAUAAUAAUUUAAGAAGCAAUACUAGGGUAGGCCUGGUGGCACACUCCUGUACUCCUAGCACUCUGGGAGGCCAAGGCAGGAGGAUCACUUGAGGUCAGGAGUUUGAGAC